AUGGGGCAGGCAAGCAAAGAAGCCGCACGAAAGGCAAAAGUGAAGGUCGAGCUUGACGCAGCGACCGCUGGUGCUGUUUCCGACAGGCGAUCUGGACGCAAGGCACUUCGGCAGCCAUGCGAUGCCGUCAAUGGCAAGGAGAAGAAGGACAAGGCCGAGGUUGACGGACCGACUGCCACCGUGGGUUCAAGUAAGCGAGCUGGACGCCAGGCCUUUGGCGCCAUUUGUUUCCAGAUUCGGUGUCAUGUCGAGCUUGACGCAGCGACCGCUGGUGCUGUUUCCGACAGGCGAUCUGGACGCAAGGCCGUCAAUGGCAAGGAGAAGAAGGACAAGGCAGUGUCUGAACCACUGCUGGAUAAAGAUCGACAGUCAGUCGAGCUUGACGCAGCGACCGCUGGUGCUGUUUCCGACAGGCGAUCUGGACGCAAGGCCGUCAAUGGCGAGGACAAGAAUGACAAGGCAAGCAAAGACUCCUCACACAAGGCAAAUGUCAAGGCUGCUGGCGACAAGGAUGACAAGGGUGCCUCUCUCCAGAUGUCGGGUCCAUGCUCGCUGGAGGUCCGCUGUGGUGUUUGCGGCACGGCUGUGGAGCGAAAGGGGUCUUGCCAGGAUUGCACGUCCGCGCUGUCUGCACAGCUCGGGCUUCGACAUGCGGUUGGGGACCGCGUGUGGUGCUCUGGCUAUGGUCCUCGCUGGCCGGCACAAGUGGACAUGAUCAGCUUCGACGGUGCAGAGGACGGGGAGCCCUACUUGGUCUCCUUCUACGGAGAGAAGACCAACGCCUGGGUCAGCGAGGCAAAGCUCAAUGAUUGGGGGAGCAUCAAGCCCUCGCGGCCGGCGAAGCGUUGGCAGCGCCGCUUCGACGUGGCUCUCGCGGCAGCUGAGGGGGCCAGCAAGUGA